UUUUAAAUGAAAAAAAGUGUUUUUAGCAUUUUAAAAAAAUUGUUUAAGUUGGCUUAAGAUGAAUCUCAAAAAAAUAAAUUAUUUACAUUAAUUUAAGAUUAAUACAAUUCCAUUGGAAAUUUAUUAUGAUAACUAGUCUGCAAGUACAGAUGAUGAUGAUGAUAAAUAGUUUUAAAUAGAGUAAUAAUAUUGAUAUAUUUUAUUUUAGUGUUUAACCAAAAAGAAAACAUUUUGAUACAAUUGAUGAAAAAAAAUCAUAUAUAGAAGAAUAUACAAAAAAGAAGAAAACAGAAUUAUGCAAAAACUUUUAGUUGACAAAAUUUUGCAAAUUUGGAGAUGAAGUAAAUAAUUAAUUAAUUUAUUAGUGUUCUUUUGCUCAUGGAUAUUAAGAAUUACAAGCUAAAACUCAUCUUCAUUAAAAAUAUAAAACUAAACGAUGCAAUAGAUAUUUUAAUGAAGGUUUUUGUCCUUAUGGAAUCAGAUGCUAAUAUUUGCACGAAAAUUAAUAAUAACUCCAAAAGUAUUUAUAAGAAUAAAAUUAACUUUAAUUUAUUAAUCCUUAAAUAGGUUCAGGUAUAAUUUUAAAUUCUAAAUUAGAAAAUAUCAAGGAUUAAGAAAGAUUAGACAUUUUAAGAUUUCAACAAGUAUUACAAAAAUUUGUCAAAAAAGGAUUGAACCUUGGAUUGCAUAGCCGCUCAAAAUUCUUUGUUAAAUUAGAAAAAAAAAAUUGAUUUUUCG